UGGGAAUCUUUCAACUAACAUUAGAGUGAGCUGCCCAGAAUAAUGUUUUUUCAUUGUGCUUUCUAGCAUAUAUUCAGAUAUCUGUAGUGUCACAUUUAUUUUGUUUUUAUUUCUGUUACGAAAUUUGUCAGGGCUAGUAAAAAAUAAAGUUUUUUUCUUCUGAUCUGUGGUGUGCAGUGCCACAACCAGCGUGCCAGGCAUGUCCGAAGAUCGAGUACAAACAAUGAACUUUUUGAAGAAGGCUUCCAUUUGUUUCAAAGACAUCUGCCCGGAACAAUCCCGCUUUCUCAUGAGCCAACAACAGGAGAAAGAUGGCGGUCUUCGGAAUCGUUUGAUUUGCCCAUUUUGUUUCCAGUGGCGCCUUCCUGGUAACCACAGAGUACGAUUCAAACCAAAACAGAAGUCAAACCUCCAGAUACAGAAGAUUAUAAAAAUGGAGGCAGCACAGAAGACUCUGAGCCUGAAGCAAAUGAAGAUUUUGAGAAGGUUUAGGAAUUCUACCAGCACAAUGUUGGUCACCUGUUACAACUGCAACAAGACCUCAAGACAGGGUGGUGUGAGCAGAGACUUCUUGACGGGCUUUUCCAAGAACCUCAACACUCCGCGUAGUGCGACUAGACAGAAGACACCUGGUCUCACUCCACAGUCGGCUAGCAAAGCCUCUACACCACUCCCCAAGUCUGCUUCAAAAGGCAAAAGCCCAGCUGGUACCCCAAGGUCAGCGUCCUCAGCCCCUGCCAGCUCCUCUUCCUCCAAAUCGGCCAGUGCGAAGAAGUUUGCCUUUUCGAACCUCAAGAGACUGCUAGUCCUUGAAGAGAAUGAGAAGAAUAAAAAAGGCGGUCUACAGGACUUCCUUUCUUCGCUUUGAGCAAUGCGAAGCAGAACCAUGACAAGAAUUUUGGGAAGUGCAGGAAGCUUUUUCCACAAUAAUAUUUUAACACUUAAAUGUCUUUUCAAUUGUAGAGAUCACAACGGACUUUUACAGAAUUGUAUUUUUGACACAUCUUUUCUUUUUUUUUAAAAAAAAAAACAAUAGUUGGUCCUAUGAAGAUGCUCCUUUGUGGACUUUGAAUGUACUGGCUAUAAUGAUGUUUUAACAUAAAUUCUUGCUUGCAUGUGAAAUAAAAUGACCAAAGACUUUUCGCCUUUUUCUGAUUUCAGUAUUUUUAUUCUUGUAUAGUAAACUCUUAUGAAGACUUUAUAUAUAAUUGACAUAAUGUUGUAUUUUAGUCCACUCAAUUUGAAGUGGACUUACAGUAUAUAGAUCAGCCUUAAUCAGCUUUUUUAACAGUACAUUAACUUUACAACAGAUCAAGACUAUAUUAUGAUUUGCUGGGUUGUAAAAAUUUAAGUUAUUUCAUUUUUCACUUCUCUGAAAUUGUACAGCUCUUAUUCUCAAAUCAGUUGUUUUUUUAAAAAAAAAAGAUUUUCAGUGUUAUAUAGUUUGCAGUUAUAUUGUUACAGCCACAGGUGACUAGGAAGUUGUGGGUAAAUGAAGUGUCAAUCAGCAGUCCAGAAACACACCAUAAAAGAUCCGAUCCAGAAAAAAAAAGGGUAUAAAGAAGAGAAAGAAGGUCAGACCACAAGAGAAGAGUUGGAACGAGAGCCCCUACUUCAUGAUCAUCCAGACAAAACUGGAUUAGAACUAAGUAGUUGAAGCUUGCUAUUCUGUAUUUGAGGGAACUUGGGCUUCCUGAUUCAUGAAUACCUCUGUUAAACAGAGCCUUUCCUGUUUGGGGCUGCAUUUUUAGAAUACAGAGAUAGGCUCCCAUUUAUUUUGUGGCAUCUGGGUUUGCAGAGAGAGCUAAUUCACAGCAGAAUGUAUUGCAUUUCAUUUAGAUGGCAGCAUAUCUCUGGCCUCUGUAGGCCUUUUUUAAGAGUCGAAAAAGUGGUAGCAGUCUGGGGUUUUCUGGGUGAUUGGGAUCACCUCGUCUGGAACACCUAUGGAAUGCCUUGUACUGUAUGUGAACUUAUAAAUACAGAAAUGUGUGUGUUGUAUUUAUGUCGUGUGUAGUGUUUGUUACUAUUGUUAAUAAAUAUUUGUUGAACCAC